CCCGCCCCGGGGGCCCGGUGGCCACAUGACCGGGCGGGGGGGGGCCGGGCCGGGUUCUCACCGCCUACAAAUGCGGCUCCCCCCGGAGCGGGGCCAUCACCGCCGCCUCCCGCCGCCCCCCCAGCAUGGCCGCGCCGCGCUGGCUCCUCCUGGCGCUGCUGCUGCUCCUCCUCUGGCUCGCCCUGGUCGCCGCCGGGCCGCUGGGCCAGGCGCCGGACGGGAAGGAUGCGGAGGAUGGUCUCAUCCGAACCCUGGUGAGGCCGCGGGGUGCGCGGCGCGGGGCCGGGCACCGGCCAGGGGGUGCACGGAGGUACCGGCGACCCCGGCCCCGGCUCUCCCACAAGGGCCCCAUGCCCUUCUGAGGCAGGGUUGCCACCAGCCCUCCAGGGACGCGGCUCCCAUCGCCCGCUCUGUGUCCUAGCCUGCUCCGCUCGACUGCCGGCCCCGAGCACAGGGUGCCACCUCUGAGCCCUCGGCUGGCGUCACCUCCUCCCUGCGGCCGUCCCUGGUGGCCCUGGCUCCGUGUCUGGUGCCGUGGGUGCCUCCUGCCUCCCCCCCCAGCCUCCUGGGGUGGCCGGGAGCAGGUCGCCCGUGCAGCCCGUGGUGGGACCGGGGGCUGCCGUGACACCCCUGUCCCAGUGGACACGGGGCUGCCCUGGGCAUCGGCUCGCUGGGACCCCCGGGCUCUGCGCAAAGCACUUUGUCAGGCGGAGGAGCUUCUCCGCAGGGGUCUGUGAGCUCCCUCGGGGCUCCUGCCCCAUCCCUCCCUGUGGCCCACACGCUGGGGCGAGCACGUAGCUUGUCCUGGGGGGUCUAUUUAUUCCCAUGGUGCUAAUCCCACCCCCUGGGUGAGCUGCCCUCCCCUCCCUGGUGAGCGUGGGGUACCCCCCCACUGGCAGACCCACCUCCUGGGGACCCCCGAGGCGUGGGGCGCCCACCCAGGACACAGCGUGGGGCUCUGGGCCCCUCUGCCCCGCUCCACUCUAUGGGGCACUGGGAGCAUGGGGGGGCACUGGGGUGUCUGUGUCAAACACUGACUAUGCCAAAGGGGGGACCCUUGCUCUGAGUGCUGCCGGGUCCCGUUGACCACGUGUCUCAUGUCUGUAAAGAUUUA